CCGGCCGCCCCGGCCGCACAACAAUGACUUUGGGCAGCAGCGGCGGCGGCGGCUGCGGGAUCAUGUCCGAGCGCUCCCCGGAGGAAGAGCCGCUCUCCGAGGUGGAGGACGCGGAUAUCGACGUGGUGGGCCCGCCCCAGGAUGGGGGCAAGUACAGCGAGGAGGAGGAGGACGACGAGGACGAGGAGGAGGAGGACGAGGAGGACGGCGGCGAUCCGCUGGGGCUGGCGCUGGCGCGGAGCGGGGCCGCCAAGGCGCGCAUGGGGGGGUCCCCGGAGCGGCUGUCCCCCGCCGGCGGCUCGGAGCCCGCCUGCGCCCGCGGCGCCGCGCCCGGCGAGAAGGCGCCCGCGGGCGGCGGCGGCGGCGGCGGCGCGGGAGGGAAGAACCCGCUGGUGAAGCCGCCCUACUCCUACAUCGCCCUCAUCACCAUGGCCAUCCUGCAGAGCCCCAAGAAGCGGCUGACGCUGAGCGAGAUCUGCGAGUUCAUCAGCGGGCGCUUCCCGUACUACCGGGAGAAGUUCCCCGCCUGGCAGAACAGCAUCCGCCACAACCUCUCCCUCAACGACUGCUUCGUCAAGAUCCCCCGGGAGCCCGGCAACCCGGGCAAGGGCAACUACUGGACGCUGGACCCCGAGUCCGCCGACAUGUUCGACAACGGGAGCUUCCUGCGGCGGAGGAAGCGCUUCAAGCGGCAGCAGCAGCUGCACCCGCCGCACCCCGAGCUGCUGCUGCGGGCCGGGGCCGCCGACCCCGCCGCCUUCCUGCCCGGCUUCGCCUACGGACCUUACGGCUACAACUACGGCCUGCAGCUCCAGGUACCCCCACCACCACCACCACCAUCCCGGUGGCGGAGGCGGCGGGCCGCGGGCGCCUUCCCCUUCCCGGCGCCGCACUGCCCGUUACCGGCUCCGCCGCCUCCCGCCGCCGCCUCCGUCUUCUCCGCCGCCUCGGGGCUGCCCUCUUUCCUGGGCGGCGAGCUGAACUGCAGGAAGUCCUUCUACCACCCCCAGCUGAGCCCCACCGCCCUGCCCGCCGCCCUCCUCCAGACCCUCAAGCCGGACCCCUCGCCCGCCGGCGGCGGCGGCGGCGGCAGCGGCGGCACCAACCACCCCUCCCGGCCCUCUUUUUCCAUAGACAACAUCAUCGGGGGGGCCGUGCCCCCGCCGCCCAGCACCAACCCCAGCGUCGCGCCCGCCGCGCCCUACCCCGCCGGCCAGGCGGGCCCCCCGGCGCAGGUCCUGGCCGUGCUCAGCCCCGCCUUGGCCCCGGCACAGCCCCAGGUCAGCCUGGCACACGAGCCGCUCCUCCAGCCGGCCCAGAACUUUUCCAGUAAAAUCACAACCCUCAGCAGCUGUCAUUUUUAAAGUGUGCUGGGGACUGGGGAAGGGGAGGGGGAUGGGGGGGAGAGUAGCGAAGCAAACGGCCCCUUUCCAGCUCUCCCCCGCUCCUCCGAAACUGCUCCCCUUCCCUCUCCCCGUGUCCCCCCCCAUCUCCUCCUGUUGUGUUUUAA